UUCUUUGGUUGACGAGUGGCAACCCAUUUCGACAGUUGGUGGUUAUGCUGACAACUGCCACAAAAGAAACCUUACAGGAUCCAGUUAUUCAACGACAGUCACACCUUCCUAUUGCAAUAGCAGCUACGAAAGUGUCUCUGUUGGAAGAUGAACCGUUCUAUCACUUACAGAAAAUAAGUUUUGCACCAGAUGGCUCACGUUUUCUAUUGAUAGACGUGAGUAGACUAGUUUCUCUUUAUUUUAGUCCUAACGAUAUCCUCAACUACUCGCAUUUUGCACACUUGCGUAUUUGUAAACCCUCCACACGAAUCAUGGUUGGAGAGUGUGUUCGUGAUGUGGACUGGUUUCCUCUCAUGGAUUCCAAUAAUCCUGCUACUUGUGCUUUUAUUACUUGUUGCAAGGAUCAUCCAGUUCAUCUAUGGGAUGGCAACGAUGGAAGUUAUCGAUGUUCUUAUUGUGCUUAUAAUCACUGCGACGAGUUAGUAAGUCCACAUUCCAUUCGAUUCUCUACUUUUGGAGACUCGAUAUUUUGUGGAUUUCAUCGUCGUUUAUGUGUAUUUGAUACUCAACGCCCAGGAAGAGACUUUAUUGAAUACUCGUUGACCAGUUAUCGAGGACAAGGCCCAUCUCUGAGAGGAAUUGUUUCUUCUAUUGAUAGCAAAAUAGAAGAACCCUAUUAUUUGACACUAGGUUCUUUUUCAGGCGUAGUUGGACUGGGUGAUUAUCGUGUUGAUCAAGCUAACUUUUUGCAUACAACUAUGCGAGCACACAAUGGAGGUAUAACUAUGGUUCGUUUUGUUCCAGGUUCUUCCACUUUGUUGUUGGCAGGAGCAAGAAAAGACGAUGAUAUUGUUGUUUGGGAUAUUCGCAAUACAAAUAAAGUUGUGUAUCGUUUGUCAAGAAAGAGUGAGACCAAUCAGCGAAUAGGCUUUGAUAUCGAUCAUACUGGAAAGUUUGUAUGUAGUGGUUCAACGGAUGGCAUUAUUCGACUAUGGAGUUUACAAAAUGGAAGACUUUUCAUGUCUUGGAAUGCAAGUCGAUGGAGUAUUUCUAGUGUCUCUUGGAAUCCUUGUUUUCCUUUGCUUGCAAGCUGUUCAGGUCAACGCUGUUUUCCAGUUCGCAGUCAUUCUUGUUUGGGAUCGAAACAAGGUUCUGAUAGUAGUUCUGAGAGCAUUGAAAGUGAAUGGUUUUCAUCCAACAGACAAAUGAAACAGGAAGAUGACCAUUUUGUGUAUCGCAACAAGGUCGCCGCGCUAUGGUAUUUCCAAAGUCUUUAGUUUAGAAUAUAGCCAUUAUUUAUUUU